AUGCAUGUGCAUCAGUCCAUUCCACCACCACCACCGUCAUCUUUUCCUUUCAACCAAUCGAUCGUCACCGUCCAUGUACCACUGCUGCCCGAGACUCGUAGAACUACCUUCAAACUCCACGCCAUUUCCUUUGCUUCAUCAAAGAAAGAUAUCUGGCGGAGACAACCAUCAUUGCCCAAUGAAACGACGCCGUCCUCGUCCGACUUCCCCCGCCAAACUUACCACCGAAAGCAAAACGACGGCUCCUACUUGGACCGCAGUGUCAACAUGGACGAGCUCUUAUCAUCCAUUGGCCAGUCUAAAAAUGAGCAUGAAUUGUACGCUUUAAUGUCACCCUACAGAGACCGAAGCCUGUCCAUAAGGUUCAUGGUCGCGCUCCUCUCGCGUGAGUCGGACUGGCAACGCUCCCUUGCUUUGCUCGACUGGAUCAACGAGGAGGCCCUCUACACUCCCUCCGUCUUUGCCUACAACGUCGUGCUCCGUAACGUACUGCGGGCUAAGCAGUGGCAGCUAGCAUACGGGCUGUUCGACGAAAUGCGUCAGAGAGCUCUCUCACCCGAUAGGUACACGUACUCCACUCUCAUUACCCAUUUUGGAAAGGAGGGUCUUUUUGAUGAUGCUUUAUCCUGGCUUCAGAAGAUGGAAAAUGAUCGGGUGUCCGGUGAUCUGGUUCUGUAUAGUAAUUUGAUUGAGUUAUCGCGUAAAUUAUGUGACUACUCCAAGGCCAUUUCUAUUUUUUCAAAAUUGAAGAGUUCAGGAAUUACGCCUGAUCUUGUUGCAUAUAAUUCCAUGAUCAACGUGUUUGGAAAAGCUAAGCUUUUCCGCGAAGCAAGGUUGUUGAUUACCGAGAUGAAGUCAGUUGGUGUUGUUCCUGACACCGUAAGUUAUUCUACGCUUUUGAGUAUGUAUGUUGACAACCAGAAGUUUGUGGAGGCAAUCUCCGUAUUUUCUGAGAUGAAUGAGGUUAAGUGCCCACUUGAUCUUACAACUUGCAACAUCAUGAUUGAUGUGUAUGGGCAGCUUGAUAUGGCCAAGGAGGCAGACAGGCUGUUUUGGAGCAUGAGGAAGCUGGGGAUUGAACAGAAUGUUGUUAGUUACAAUACACUUUUGAAGGUCUAUGGGGAGGCUGAGCUUUUUGGGGAAGCAAUACAUUUGUUUAGGCUGAUGCAGAGGAAGGACAUUGAACAGAAUGUUGUCACAUACAACACCAUGAUUAAGAUUUAUGGGAAGACACUGGAGCAUGAGAAAGCAAAUAAUCUUAUUCAAGAGAUGCAGAGGAGAGGGAUCCAGCCUAAUGCCAUUAGUUAUUCGACCAUUAUAUCAAUAUGGGGCAAGGUAGGGAAAUUGGAUCGAGCGGCAAUGCUAUUUCAGAAGCUGCGAAGCUCUGGGAUUGAGAUUGAUCAGGUUCUUUACCAGACAAUGAUUGUUGCAUAUGAACGAGCUGGCUUGGUUGGUCAUGCCAAACGCCUGCUACAUGAGCUGAAAUGCCCUGAUAAUAUUCCUAGGGAAACAGCAAUCACUAUUCUUGCUCGAGCUGGACGAAUAGAGGAGGCCACAUGGGCUUUCCGGCAGGCGUUUGAUGCUGGAGAAAUUAAAGACAUAGCAGUUUUUGACUGCAUGAUAAAUCUAUUCUCCAGAAACAGAAGACACGCAAAUGUAAUUGAGGUGUUUGAGAAGAUGAGAAUAGCUGGAUAUUUUCCUGAUUCUAAUAUGAUCUCUUUGGUCCUGAAUGCUUAUGGCAAGUUGCAGGAGUUUGAGAAGGCUGAUUCUCUAUACAGGGAAAUGCAGGAAGAGCAAUGUGUUUUUUCUGAUGAAGUUCACUUUCAGAUGCUAAGUCUUUAUGGUGGAAGAAAAGAUUUUGAAAUGGUUGAAUCCCUGUUUCAGAAACUGGACUCUAAUCUGAACAUUAACAAGAAAGAGUUGCAUCUGGUUGUGUCCAGCAUAUACGAAAGAGCUGGCAGAUUAAAUGAUGCGUCACGAAUCAUGAGACUGUUAAGUGAGAGGGGAAUUCUUAGGUCGUGAUCCUUGCAUCCAGUUGUACUUGUCAAUCCUUAAAGGGAGAGUUACUUAACCUGUUGUAAGCUACUACAUCUUAAUCCAUUUACCUGUAGAUAUCAUCUGUCAGAUCCUUCUUUGGUUACUUCCUUGCAUCACAAACCAUAAUAUAUACAUAAAGUUUUAGGUAAACAUGCCACCUCAUAAAUAUUUUCCUA